AUGAGAAGAAAGGAGAGAGAUUGUUGUUGUUGGGUUAAAGAGAAGAAGCAGAUGGCUUUGGUGUUCAUAACGAUAACAAUGAUGCUUCAGUUCCACAUGAAACGAUGUGUAGGCUGUUUGGAAACUGAACGGAUGGGUUUGUUGCAACUCAAGACGUAUCUCAAGAAUCUCGACGAAGAAGGAACUAGUAUUCUCAACUCAUGGACUCGUAAUGGUGAUUGCUGCAGUUGGGAGAGAGUAAAGUGCAGUGGCGAUAUUGGUGGCCACGUCGUCGAUCUCUCACUGGGUCGACUCAUACCAGUCGCAUUCGAGUCGCAGACCCGGUCUUUAAAUCUGUCUCUGCUCCAUAGUUUUCCUCAACUACAAAGCCUUAACCUUUCGUGGAAUUGGUUCACUGGUUUGUCUGAUCACGUCCAUGGUAUGCCCUUGUAA